AUGGCAGCAGUGGCCUGCAACAACUAUGGUUGUGGCGACACUAGGCUCUUCUUUCUGAGUACAGAUCAAAUGAUACGCGACGUCAGUGACGACAGCGCAAAAGGUGGCGUUAACUGGUUCACCCACGGCCAGGUAACAGACGCUAAGUUACGCCCAAUGCCCGGCUCACAACUUGCGACAACAUUGACAGAACGUCCCGCAAACGAGGAUGACGAAGGUUCAAAAGACGCUGCGCGAGUCAAUCGACUGAUUGCUUACCAGGGGCUGAAUGGGAAGAUCUUCGUCUCCAAUGAUAGUGCGCGCUACACUUCGCCACGGCAGCUAGAUCAUAUGCCGGCCUGGACGACCAACACAAGUCUGGCUGUAAUUACACAAUUCGGUGGCACCAUGCUUGAUGAAGUCAGUCUCGUAGCAAAGGCUCCAGGGGCGACGGACGCCUCAACAUCUAAGGUCAGCAUGAUGGCAGCGAGGUAUGAUGCAAAUCAGACAAUCUGGAAUCAAGACGGUGCUAUUCUAGAAAGUCUCUCUCCGACCCAAAGUUCAAAAUCGAUAGCGAGGUCACAAUUUGCCGUUACGAUGCGAAACAAUUGGUUAGACAGCGUUUACUUAGCACUCAACUCCGACGGAACAAUGACUGGCCGUAUCAUAGGACAGCACAAUCAGACGAUGAGUAAGAUCACGCUUGAAAAAUCAGGUGGGGAGCUAGCAAAGUUCUCGGCUAUUGCAACCACGAAUGACGGGUACCUUUAUGGCAUUGUCGACGACAGCAUACGCGAGUACUCCUUCGAUACCUCUGAUCCUUCGAUUUUACAUUUUAGUGAAACCGUCUACAACUGUACGGGAGAUGGCUCUACUUAG